AUGCGGAGCGCCAGCCCGCUGAGCGCGACGCUGGUGCUCGCCCUGUGGCUGCUCUGUGCGGCGCAGUGGGCGCCCCGGCCGGCCCGGGCGGCCGUGCCGGACGACCUGAGCAACUUCAUGAACGAGUACGUCUGCAGCACGGACCUGCGCGUCGUGAGGCCUGUGACGGUCCAGGACGUCCAGGACGCCGUCUCCUUGCAUGACAAGAUCGUUCCUGUGGGCACUGGCUACUCUUGGAACCAGCCGUUCUUUUGCGCCGAUCCGGCUGGAGUGUCAGCCAAUGGCGAUGCAGGGGGCGAAAGAGGCAAGAGGCGCCUUCUCACAGAGGCUCUCAGCCGGCGGGGGAUGUUACAGGAUGCUCCACCAUCAAAGACGUCCGCCAAUAUCGCCAUGACGACCAUCAGGCCGAUGACCAUCACGAUUGACGAGCAGGAAGAGACCGCUUGGAUCGACGCUGGCAUCUCAGUCCUGGAUGCACUGGACUACCUGGGAAAUUACGUCACCAAGAACGCCCGCAGGGGCUGGACCCUGCCAGCGUACUCGUUCUGGGUGCGGCAGACUGUGGCGGGGGCCGUGGCCACGGGCACGCACGGCAGCACCCUGAAGCACGGUUCGCUGUCGCAGCAGGUUGUGGCUUUGAGGGUGGUGCUUGCAAACGGCACCUUGGCGGAAUUCACGCCCGAGUCCCACCCCAUGCUCAUGAAGGCACUUCGCGUGAAUGUCGGAAAGCUUGGAAUUGUCACGUCUGUGAAAUUCCGAAUUGUUCGGGAACAGCCAGUCAUCAGAACAGCGGCCUUGAACGUCAAAUCUUCAGAGUUUCUCCAAUCUCUGAGGGAGGCGCAGGACAUGUUCAAUGACAACGGCGAACUGCCACGGUGGAUGAACGAGAGCCAAGUGUUUUGGAUCCCUCAACUGAGCGAGUUCAAUAGAUAUAGCUUCGAUCGAGGCGACGAUCCAGAUCCCGAGGUUCGAGAGCGCGUCUUGGGCGGCGAGAAGCCAGACAGAACGACUCUGAAAGAAGAGAAAGCCGCUUCAAGGGAAAAAGAGGGGCCGACGUACAAGUCGGAGAAGUUUCUGCGGAAGUUGAAUGCGACGAGGAUCAAUCCCGAACUCGAAGGCCCGAGCGCAGCGCGGAGCGAGGACCCAGAUGACCCAAUGGGCGUGGCGAAAGGCGUGGUUUGGGAAGCACCGGAGCAAAGAGCGGCCGACCCCUUUUUCGUGUCAGAGAGCGGCAAGACCAUCAUGUUCGGCAACGCCAUCGCUCUCCACACCCUGCUGCCCGACGGCACCUUCGAGACGCACGAGGCGUACCCCACCUACCCCCUGGCCCUCAGCCAAAAGCUCGUCGACGAGGUCCUGUACGACCAGUACGAGGUGGCCAUCCCCUUCGCCACCAUGGCCGACUGCAUGGCCGGCAUGCUGGAGACCCUACACGGGGAGGACAUCGACGAGCGGCCCGACGACGACCUGGGAUUCCGUACAGCGGCGCUCAUACGGUUCGUCGGCCAGGAGGAGGGGCUUCUCUCCCCGACGCACGACGGGCCUCGCAUGUACAUCAACAUGGAGGAUUACAUGUACUACAACGGCGAGGGCACGAGGAACGAGCGGUUUUUCGAGCUGAUGGCCUUCAUUAGGGGCAGCCCGCUGUGCAACGCGCGGAUGCACUGGGGCAAGGCGGGGUGGCCCGACGCCGGGUGCUUCAGCGGCGCAGAUGAGUACCCGGAGACUUGGUGCGACUUCGGCUGCGCGGUGCAGGAGCUGGACCCGCUGGGAAAGUUCCAGGACAGCGCGAGCGACCGCUGGAACUGGGAGGGCGCAAAACUGGACAAGUGCUGCAACGGCAGCGGGUACGACAGGUCUGUCAAAGGGUGCAACUGCAAGGUCAAGAGACUGAGGUCCGUCGAAGACUGUCCGCCAUCACCCUUCUACACGAACCGGUAG